AUGUAAAAGAUUUUUUGUUAUUUCAGCUUUUAUUCGAUAUAAUUUUAGAUUGAGAAAAAUUUCAUGAAAUUUUUUAUUCUUUUCUAUAUUUUUUUUAGAGUGUUUUCAAGCAAGCUUAUUUAUUUUUAAUAAGUUGGAUAUCGAUUUUUAAUUUAACCAUAAACAGCACAAUCAGGUUGGUAGGUAGGUUUCUAAGAUGCUUUUCACGUAGAUUUUAAAUAUAGAUUUAAUUAUAAUUUGCUAAUUAUUAUAUUUAAUUGGAUUAUAAAGCAAUUUAAAUUGAUAAGUACAAUCAAAAGGUUUUUAUUUAUUGAUGGAUAGGCAGCAUAUCCAAUUAAUUAAUUAAUUAAUUAAUUAAGCAAUUAAUCAUUCAUUCAUUCAAUCAAUCAAUCAAUGAUAGCAAUAUAUUAAUGUGAGUUUUUGAGUCUAAUUAUAUUUAUUUAUUUUUUUAAUAGUAUUUGA